CCACUUUCAGCUACGAGUACAAGGUACGUACGUACUACGAUACGUACCAACCAGUAGAUUGGUCUGCUUCGGUGGCAGUACUAGAAGUCGAAGGUGUCAGCACUGUAUUAAUAGUACUAUCAGUUAGUCACAUGUCACCAACUACUAGUUUCUUGCUGAGUACCAGUCAAUUCGUAAUAAAAUUACCCCUACUACUAGGAUUAACAAUUUUUGACCCCUCACUACCUGUAACUUUGGCUGACUAGUAGUAGUUCCAACAAGAAGCCAGCAGGAGCACUACUAGUAGUACUACUACUAGUACUACUACUAGUAGCUAGAGCAUCAUUUCUUGGCUUCCCAAUCAUGGUGACCUACUAGUAGAUCUCUAACAAGUACUAGUAGUAAUUGUAUCAACUUGGUCUGAGCGCUUAGUCUGGUGGUCUAAAGUUCUUGUUUUUUGAUAGAGUUCUAGUGGUGGCCUAUUUUGUUCUAACCAGCAGCCGGUCUCCACUUGCCUAUUUUGGCAAUACCGCCGGCUGCUGAUGGAGAACUGCCUCCCCCCAAGACUAUAGUAGUCAUGUAACAGUGACACACAGCGCUCUUCUUGCUAACACUACUAUGACCAAGCAUAUCCCCAAAGGGGAUCUCAUUACUACUAGAGACUUUUUUUUGGAGCUGUUCUUGUGGUUAGUAGUAGCUUAUUGAACUAUUUGGGGUUGAAAGAGUGACCGAAUACUAGUAGAUCUAUGUAGGAUCAGUACUAAAUACUUGGCUUCAAAAUUAACCAGCACAAUUUUACUAGUAAUAAUUUUGGCAUUUGAGUACUAGAAUGCCUUUUUGCUACUACUAUGUAACAAGGCUUGGUGGUACUAGUAGUACUAGUAGUACUAGGCUUCUUUUUACAGUUAACGCACUUUAUAUCAACAAAUUAACUCGUACUAUCAUUUAACUUCUUGGCAUCUCAUUCCCUUACUAACUUUAUUGUUUCACACUGUUUCAUAGUUCUUCAAAACCCUACGGGCUCUAUGACUAAAAACAUCCUAUUGUAAAGUUUCUUGAAAAUCCACCACCUGGACCCCCCUUCUUCUUCAAGAAACAAUUACAGUCAAAACUAUUUUAGUCUUUUUUAAUGUUUCGACUUCCAUGAUUGGAAUAGCCGAAUAGCAAAUAGCCCCAUUCCCAAUUGCUCGUUUUUUCAUUUUCGGGGGCAUAUCGUUAUUCGUUUAAUUUGUAUGGUGGCGAAAGCGUGCGCACCAGGGCAUAUCGAAGUUCCCGAUCUGACACACUUUGCCGCUUUUCGUUGCAAAUUAGGCUCACACCUGGUACGUACCGGUAGAAGAACAAUAACUCGGAACAGAGACAAGUUUGGAUCUGUACAAAUUCAGUUCCCAACAGUGCCGAAAGAAACCAGCGAUUAUGGAAACCAAAAGACAGCAAUUGAGGCUGUUUGCAGUCCUGACGAGUGCUGUAGCACUCUUCUUUUGGGUAUGGGCGAUUUUGAACACGAUACGAAAUGGUUUCGACCUCGGGAUUGUCUCCUUUCUCACGGUGAUGAUAACUGGCACGUAUCUCUUCUUCCUCGCGCAUACCAGAUCGGUGAACCUACGAGGUUCUUACAUUCUAAUAUCGGUGGUCGCAUCGCAUACCUUUGUAGCCCUCAACUAUAUGAUCGGAGUGGUAUUUGCCCUCGUCUUCAUGUCGCCCGCGAGAAAAGGGUACGCAAUCUAUUGCGCCGUCUUCACGGUACUAUGGGCGGCAUCGGCAGGUCUUGGUGGGUGGUUGCUGAAACAAUACCGUUCUUCCGAGGAGGCCCCUGCCGGUAACGACAGCGUUCCGAUUGAACAUACCCAUGACAGUUAGAUAUCCAUGGACAUUGUCCCUGUUACACCAGUUCUAGUCAAUGAUUCCUUGUUGCGAACUAAAGACACCGAAUAAAAUUUCACUGCCUUCUACACUCUAUAGAAGAACGUUGAAUUAUUUACAAUCGAUUUUGUCUUUGAUUGGUAUGGACAUUUUCUACAACCACUGGUUUGUGCAGGACGAAUCGACGGUCUUGUUCCGUCGAGUUUCUGUAUCUUGGUAUACUAGAAACUCGAUGUUUCUCCAAUUGCGGAAUGAGUAGGUUGGGAUAUCGAAUAGGGCACUUUCUCUUAACAUCGCACUGAGAUUCCUUUUCGCAUGAUGUAACCUAGACAUAAUUCUAAAC